AUGGACGUCGAACUGCAGGGACUUCUUAAGGGUGGGUCCUCACUACAGCUGCAACAAGUCCCCAUACCUGGAUCGUCAACGACUGUCUACUGCGACAUGUCAACAGCACGAAGCAGGCCUUACGUGCCCCUGUCCCACCGCCGUGCCCUCUUCAACCAGCUACAUAAUCUCGGCCAUCCUGGCAUACGCGCCUCUACACGCCUUGUGGCUGACCGCUAUGUCUGGCCCUCCCUGCAGCGGGAUUGCUGCACCUGGGUGCGCUCCUGCAUUCAAUGCCAGCGCGCUAAAGUCACCAGGCAUGUCACUUCACCGCUUGGAGCAUUCCCCCAGCCCUCUGGUCGGUUUCAACACGUCCACCUUGAUAUCAUAGGGCUCUUUCCCCCAGCUGGACCCUAUCGCUACUGCCUCACUGCCAUCGAUCGGCUCCUCGGGCAGACCGUCGGGUUUGAGCGCUCGAGGACCACCAGCUACCACGCCUGCACCAACGGGAUGAUCGAGCGCUUCCACCGACAGUUCAAAGCAGCCAUCAUGUGCCAGCCGGACUCAACCUGGCUCGAAGUCAUCCCAGCCGUCGCCCUAAGUCUUCGCGCCACCUUCAAGCAGGACAUUCAGGCUAAACCCGCAGAGCUCGUCUACGGGGAACCACUCCGUCUCGCAGGCGAAUUUCUUGCUGCACCGCCAUCCACCACCGCGACGUCAGAUCCCACCGAUUUCGUCGCCCGGCUCCGACGCACCAUCGCUGCCCUCCGCCCGUCACCUGCAGCUCACCAUUGUAAGACUGCGCCUUUCGUCUUCAAGGAUCUGGCAACGUGCACGCACACUUUUCUCCGCGACGACACCGUCCACAGGCCUUUCCAGCCACCUUACAGCAGAUCCUACCCAGUUCUCCGUCGCGACGACAAAACCUUCACCCUGCGCGUUAGCGGGAACGACGUCCGCAUCUCUAUCGACUGGCUGAAGCCAGCCUACAUCGAUUCUGCCGAACCAGGAAAUACCAGUGCACCCACAGGCGUCCAUCCACGACCCCCGACCUCGCAGCCUGCUUCUGUUGUCACUACACGCUAUGGACGUCGGGUACGCUGCACAGAUCUUUACAAACCCUGA